AUGGUCCAGGACGACCAUCGCUGGCUCCUUACCACGGGCCGUUUCAGCGACUUCCUCAUCUGCUGCGAGGAUUUCGUGGAUCUCAAUGUCCACAAACUCAUCCUGAGCCUCCACUCUGACUACUUCGCCCAGAGAUUCCAGGACGAGUCCGUGAAGGGAUCCAAUGCCUGCAUUAUAAGCUUGGACGUCGAAGCCCGCGACAUGAAUAUUCUACUCGAUUUCUUCUACCGAGGAACCACCCCGUGGAAGCGUCCUGACGACAUGUUCUCCCUGGCUCGCCUGUGGAUUCUCGCGGACAAGCUCAAGGUUACCAACGCCAAGAUCGACAUUGAAGAGCACGUGAAGAGCAAGCUUGAGCAGUUUGACAAAAAGUGGCUCAUCGCGGAUGAGGACAUGCUUAACCUAGUGUUCUCUCACAAGGCUUGCGCUGAGUCCGGCAUGGGUUACGUCGUCGGUGAAGCCGCCUGGACUGUUCUCGCGAACCCAAAGAUCCCCAAGGACACGGAGCUAGUAAAAAAGCUGUCUCAGGAACACAACAACCUGGCCAACAUGAUGUUGUUCUGGUCUUCUCACUACAUGAGGUCCUGCGAGCAGUACACCGGAAAUGUUUGGCGCAACGCCAAGGGACAAGGCGUCAGAGACAACCUCAUGUCUGAGAAGAUGACGAAGCCCUCCGACAUCAUGACGAGUGGAAAGGGGGCGACUGAAGACGAGAAGAAACCCGAGGAAUCGUGA